CUCAAUGUGAAAGUAAUAUCUUAGUCAAGUAGCAGAGAGAGUAAUUAGAUUCCUCAAAUAUUCUGAGUUAGUUUGACAUCACAUCCCCCAAACCCCAAUAGUCACCAAAUAUUUUAAAGCAACUCUAUGCAAAAAAAUUGUGGCCACUCAAAUGAAUUUCUACGGUACCUGUAUGGUCAUGAAGGAUAUACUGUAUUAGCACACCAUUUGGGUCGCUAGGAGGAUCCCACAGUCAGAAUCUGUCUGCAUAGUUUUUCCCCCUCCUCCACCCCUCCCUCUCUCUACCUCUCAGGUGCGCUCCUCUCAUCAUGAGCAGUUUGUGUAGUGCCGUUCCACAGUCAUGAGGACCUCUCUGCACCUCUCCACUGUCCUGUCUCUUCUCUCAUACUGCACAGGUCAGUACCAUACAACUCGGCCCUGGUGCUACCACAGCCAGUACUCAUGUGAUGACACAUGCGAGGAGCCGGGAAAGUGGUCCCAUCUGUUCCCUGAGUGUGGAGGGCAGAGACAGUCUCCCAUUAACAUAGUCACCAGCACAGUUCAGUAUGACCCAGACCUGCACCCAUUCACUUUCGAAGGGCAUGAUCACAUCAGCAACAUCACAGUGGAUCACCUCGGACACUCAGCUCAUUUUGCUCUGCCACAAUCUGUGAGGAUCCGUGGAGGGGGCCUGGCCAGUGUGUACAAGGCGCUGCAGUUUCACCUGCACUGGGGCGUGGAGGCUGGGCCAGGCUCGGAGCACACGGUGGAUGGAGAGCGCUACCCCAUGGAGCUCCACAUCGUCCACAUCAAAGAGGAGUACCAGUCUCUUGAAGAGGCCGAAAGUGACAGUGCUGGAAUAGCCGUGCUGGGCUUCUUCUUUGAGGCAUCACAAGAGGACAACCCUCACUUUGAUACAGUGCUAGAAGCUCUGAGGAGAGUGCGUUUCAUUGGAAACACCAGCUCAGUGGCAGCCUUCAAAUUGAGUGACAUCAUCCCUCCGGCCCACGAGCUGUCGGCCUACUACCGCUACGCGGGGUCCAUGACCACCCCUGCCUGCAACGAGGCGGUCAUCUGGACCAUAUUCCAUAGGACACUGCCAGCCAGUCACAGACAACUGGUAGAAGUGGCUGGGGAGGUAUGGUACUGGACUGGGAAGCCCAUGACCAACAUCUUCAGGCCCGCUCAGCAGCUCAACGGCAGAGUGGUGUCCAGGUCCUCACCCUUGCCAGAUGAGCCUCCAUUUUCGGCCUACUCUGCUGUUCCAGUUCUCUCAGGAUCUGCGUUCUGUCUGUGCUCGGUCCUUGUAUCUGUUAGCUUGUGUUAGCUUGCUCCGAGUUAACAUGAAAAUACGCACAUGCUCUAUAUCUCUUCUGUCGCUUCCAGAGCAGAUGCAUUAUCUCCUAAUGACCAGAUGGUCCAUGUCUGCUUCUGUGUCUGAGAGUGUCUUGUGGUAUUUGGUUGUUCUGUCUGCUUAUUACAUUUAUCUGGGAUGGGAGAUGGGAAAGAUUUAUUUAUUCAUUUUCUGGGAUACUGUUUACCCCUUCUAGCGGUAAUGAGUUUGCGGAAAAUUGUGCAUGAAGCCAUCUGAGCAAGGGGAAAUGGCGGAAAUCCUCCAGACUUAGAGGCUGGAUCGCCAGCUAUGAAGACACAAUCACAGUUGAUGUAAUUUUAGGCUCUCGGGGGUUGAAUUUCAUAUAUUCUCAAUUACCAUUAUGUAUGUGCAAAGUUCUAAAUAGACAGGAAUCUCUUACAAUUCAUAUAUAGGCACAAUGUCUAGAUAUGGCAUUAGUGAAUGUGCUACAACUGAAACAGAAUAUUGUUGUAUUUUAACUGACAAACACUGACAUGACUAACAUUGACAUGCUGUAAAGAACACUAAUAAA